CUUGACGGUAGACCCAGUCUAACGCGGGUUGACAGCAGAAUACCCGCCAUCUUGAAACUUCCGACGCCAUCAAAUAGCUCAAUCCAACAACCAUUUCAUUGCUUCAAAUUUCCGUGUCACCCAAAAGACUAUAGCCUUAAUCGAAAAGAAGGACAUGACCAGUAAUUUGACGAUUACAGAGACGGUUGUCGAACAUUCGGGAGACGAAAGUGAUGAUGAUGAAGAUGACGAUGUUGUUGAACAAAGUCCUUGCGGGCGAUGGGAGAAGAGGCGACAGGAGGUAAUGCAGCGAGAUGUUCCUGGUAUUGACCAUGCCUACCUGGCAAUGGACACUGAGGAAGGUGUUGAGGUUGUCUGGAAUGAAGUGCAAUUUUCAGAAAGAAAGGAUUUCAAAAGUCAAGAAAUUUGGUCCAAUGCUAUUGGUUGGAUGAUAGUAGGCAAAGACGAGGAAACUGUCAAGAAAGUGUUUGAGAACUUGAUCCAGCUUGAUCACCCAAAUAUUGUGAGUUUUCACAGAUUCUGGACAGAUGUCCAGGGCGAGAAAGCUCGAGUCAUCUUCAUCACGGAGUACAUGACGUCUGGGUCUCUAAAACAGUUCCUGAAAAAGACGCGAAAAAAUAAUUACAAGACAAUGAAUGAGAAAGUGUGGAAACGCUGGUGCCGCCAAAUUCUCUCAGCAUUGAGUUACCUCCAUGGAUGUGAUGUGCCUAUAGUUCACGGCAACCUUUCAUGUGAUACCAUCUUCAUUCAGCACAAUGGUUUGAUCAAGAUAGGCUCAGUUGCACCAGACACUAUCCAUAAUCAUGUCAAGACCUGCCGCGAGGAGCGCAGGAACAUGCACUUCAUAGCACCAGAAUAUGGUCAGCCUGGCCACAUUGUAGAUUGUGCCGUGGAUGUUUAUGCAUUUGGCAUGUGUGCCCUGGAGAUGGCUGCUCUGGAGCUUCAUGAUAUUGAGGGACCAGUUCCAAAGGAAGCCAUUACUCAGGCUAUACAAGGACUAGAGUCCCCCUUGCAAAAGGACUUUAUAAAUCGCUGCCUGGCAGAGAAUCCAGCCGACAGGCCUAGUGUCAGGGACCUACUAUUAGACCCCUGUGUCUUUGAGGUUCACUCCCUGAAGCUGUUAGCUUCUCACUGCAUGGUGGCCAAUGAUGGUACGUCAUCCUUCAUGUCCCCAGACCACACCCAAGAGAGCUUAGACCCUGAAAAGGUUAUCGCAGUGAUUAAGCGAGCUGAUGGAUCAGAGAUGCUGAUGAAAAAAGGCAACAGUCCGACGCUUGAGCUCGAAAAGUUUCUUGAGGAAGUAAGAAAUGGUCUGUAUCCCUUGACAGGCGUGGAACAAGUGCAGAAGUCUACACCGUGGCAAAGACCUAAAUCCCCUGCAAACGACCCCGAGGUGCAGAGCAUCAACCAGGAGUCAUACGAAGAGGAAACUAGACGGGUUAUAAAUGUGCGCUGCGACGCCAAAGCACUCGAGACCGGAGAUGGCAAAAGGCUGACCGUGACACUCAAACUAGACGACAAGAUGAACAGGCAGCUCACCUGUGACGUCAAAAUUGGUGAAAACCCGCUAGAACUUGCAGAUGAAUUGAUCUUGUAUGGAUUCGCUAAUAGGAUGGAUAGAGAAAAUCUCGCCAAAGUGAUGGAAGACGCACUGAGGUAGCACAAGCCACGCUGUCUGACCAUGGCGCCAAGCCUUCCCAAGUGAUGACAAAAUAUUGGAAUUAGAGGAUUUCAAGGACGAUAUAGACAUAGAUAAUAGAAAAGAUGAUACGAACUAUAACAGUGACUAGGUUUUAUACGUCGUGUUACGUUAUUUGACACCCUCGGCAUACCUGUGUUCACAGGAUGCUCGUGGAGUCGGUAUUAGUCGUAUUACAUAAGGUUCCCACUAAGGUCCUUUAUUGUGAUGCUAUAAAAUGAAUUAAUUCCCUCUUAUAGAGUAUAUAGCCUAUUAUUUUACAAUUUGUAAAUACUUUUGGAUAUAAAAAAAGACUAAACGACUUUGUUAUUGUGUAAUGUACAUUCAAGUGUGUUAAUUUAUGUAAAAAAAUAUUAAAAAUAUAAAUAAAGAAAUAUUUAGUGAC